GGUUAUAGAUGGGACGACUUUGGUACACUUCUCGAGCAAACUCCAGUCGGUAAUGAUGGAAAUAUAGGUCUGUACUUCGAUGAGGACGAAAUUGCUCCAAGAGUCAAGAGAGGCGACUUUAGGUAUCAAAAGGAUGGCAAUAGCUACUCUAUGGUGGAAGAAUUUGCACCAGAGACUGAAGCGCGGGCACUGCUCGAAGGUCAAUCGCUAUUGAAACUGAUGUAUGCCAAAACUAUGGGAUGCACUAAUGGCAAAGGUCGCCUAUUCCUCACCGGCGGUGCGUCGGCCAAUCCCGACCUGCAAAGAAUUUUAUCCGACGUGUUCGCCAUGGACACCUACAUUUUGAACGUCCCAGAUUCAGCUGCCCUGGGCGGAGCCAUGCUUGCCAGAUAUGCGUUCUACUCCCCAUCGUCAUCAUAUAGUGACUACUACUACAAGAGCACUUGCGUUGCCAAAGUUGCCGAGCCUAAUCCGGAGAAACGGUUCGCAAAUUUAAACGAAACGAUGUUGGACGACUUUCUCUGCACUACUGUGACUGGAUCUGCCGAUCUAUCCAGUCAUGGACUAGUGUCGAAUUAG